UUUAUUUAGGGUUUAGAGAUUUGAGUAAAACUAAAGUACAAUAGUUAAAUAUUUAAAAUUGGUUAUAUACGUUUUUAUUAUUAUUAUUGAUAGCACUUGUACUGUCAUACUGAUAAAUAUCCACAUUAGCAGCAAAACUGAUUAUAAAUUAGAGCUUUAUGACAAAAUAACAAACAACGAGAAAAAUGGCGAUAUUUUAAUUUAUUGCGCGUGUGAAGCGUCUUGUGAUAAAAGCCUUUAUGGCGUAAACGAAGACAAAAACGGGAGAAGUGACUGCUCUCGCUUCACAAUAACUUCCGGUUCUCUGAAUUUCGUAAUUGUUUGGUCUGUCAUUGAAUUAACUUAGAAAAUCGUUUGUUUAAACCCGAAAUUUUACUUAAUUUUCAAUAGAGCAUAAAGCCACAGCCCCCUAAUCUACUUUUGAUGUCUAAAGUUUAGCUAACAGGUGUCACGAGCCCAAACAAAGGCGGAAGUUACUGGAGUCAGUCCUCUUGCUUCACCCCCAUCUUUGAUUGUCAGCUCCUCGACCGUGAGUAUGGUUGUCCUGAAAGGAAUCCCUUCUGUUUUAUCACCUGAUUUGCUUUAUGUUCUCGCGAAAAUGGGUCAUGGCGAUGAGCUGGUGCUUGCAGAUUCUAAUUUUCCUGCGUCUUCUGUUUGUGCAUUUGGCCCAAAGGAGAUCAGGGCUGAUGGUUUGGGAAUCCCACAACUUUUAAAGGCCAUUUUAAAGCUGUUGCCCCUGGAUACCUAUGUCCCUCAUCCAGCAGCGGUCAUGGAUCUAUUGGACAGCGACAAACUCAAAGGUUUAGCUGUCCCUGUGUGGGACGUAUACACACAGCUCCUAAAGCAGGCAGGAUCUCACGCUCCUUUAGAGAAAGUGGAGAGAUUUGCUUUUUAUGAACGAGCCAAGAAGACAUAUGCCGUUGUGGCAACAGGGGAAACUGCUCUUUAUGGAAACCUGAUACUGAAGAAGGGCGUUCUUGCUGCUGAGCAGCUUGAUUGAAGCACAAAUAUUUUUAUGUACCUCUUAAAUAUUUAUUUCAUGCCUUUUAUAAACUAUAUAUUUCAGUGAUCUCAGUUAUUAUUGUAAUUGUUUGUUCCAAUCAAAUGUGCAUUUCCAGAGUAUUUAAUUGGAUGCUGUAUGUUUAAACGUGUUCAGAAAAUGGGGGAAAUCUAUUAAAACUGUAAAUGUGAUGUGUUUCAUUUGUGAUUCCUACACAUCAGAUAUGAUUUUAUAUUUUUCUUUUUUCUCUUCAAGUAAUAAAGCAUGAAACUUUGA